CUUCCUUGGUACAUACUUGGUAUAUGCACAAAACAACAUUUGCUAUUUGCUACUUGAAAAUAUUUGUAGUAAUAUGGUUAUGUUCAUAAAUGGUCCGCGGUGCGGUUAAAAAAAUAAUAACAAACCAUGGAGAAUAGAGACAUGUCUCUAUUCUCCAUGUGGCAAACUUUUGUUGAGCAACCUCGGCUAUCUGGAGUAAUAGCUCAGAAUGUGAACUGACGAUAAAGAUAGCUUAUAUCCGCGCAUGCGUAUAUAAAAAUUUAAUUAUGAAAAGGCCUGUUGCACUGCGAGGAAAAAUGAAGUUUUUUUUUUCUAACUUUUUUAAAAAAUAAAAUGAUCUUUAGAAAUUUUCCAGUGCAGUGGCUCUUAAUGAUAAUUUUAAUAAUUAUUAUUCUAUUCUUCAAAAUAAAGUUGGAAUCAUUAAAAGAUGAGAAUAAAAUGUUGAUUGGUGAACUUGCGAAAAUUCAAGACUUUACCAAAAAUCAAAAAAAUUCAAAAAGUGAUCCAAAAUUAGAUAAAUCUGAGGACACUAUAAUAAUAUAUAAUAGAGUUCCAAAGACUGGGUCUACUAGCUUUGUAGGUGUAGUGUACGAUUUGUGUAAAAAAAAUAAAUUUCAUACACUACACAUAAAUAUUACUAAUAAUAUGCAUACAUUUACGCUUUAUAACCAGAUUCAGUUUGUCAACAAUAUUACACGAUGGAAUAUAAUGAAACCUGCUUUUUAUCAUGGCCACAUGGCUUUUUUAAAAUUCAAUAAGUUCGGAGUGAAACAAGUACCUUUGUAUCUCAAUUUAUUGAGGAAACCACUUGAUAGAUUUAUUUCUUACUAUUAUUUUCUACGCUACGGAGACAAUUUUCGACCACAUCUUCUCAGGAAAAAGUAUGGUGACACUAAGACAUUUGAUGAAUGCGUUAAAGCUGGCCAAACUGACUGUGAUCCUAACAGCAUGUGGUUACAAAUACCAUUUUUAUGUGGUCAUGAACCUGGAUGUUGGGAAGUUGGUAAUCGAUGGGCUUUAGAGGAAGCGAAAAGAAAUUUAGCAAAUAAUUACUUCCUUGUCGGAGUAACUGAAGAAUUAGAUGAAUUUAUACGAAUUUUACAAAUUGUACUUCCUGAUUUUUUCCGGGGAGCUCAUGAUUUAUUUUCUCAUAGCGAUAAAUCACAUUUGCGAAAAACUACUCAAAAAAUAGAGCCUCUUCCAGAAACGGUGAAAAUAAUUCAAAAUUCUACUGUUUGGAAAAUGGAAAAUGAACUAUAUAAUUUCGCUGUUUCUUACUUCCAUGCUGUAAAAAAACGUUUAAUAAAUGCUUCUUUACAAGACUCGAAUCAACAUUUUAUGUAUGAAAAAAUACGACCAAAAUGAAUCAGUUUUUAAAAAAAUGUCUUAGCGCAAACAUAUGUACAGGAUAUAAACCUUGAGGCAAAUGAAGUUGUUCUUGUUCUUUAAUGCAAAUCAAAUUGGCAGCUUGA